AUGUCGAUGCGUCGUGACAAAACUUCACAACAACCAGACAAGGAAGACAAGCAACGAGUACGAACUCCAGCGAAUGAAAGAGAUGAUCAUUCACCAUCAGGAGAUAGACUAAUUAUAGAUCAAGGUUCUGACGAAGAUUGCGAUGCAGCAAACAAUCGAGAACAAUCUGAGGAACCCAAUCGAUCCAACGCAUCACUAUAUCCAAAAAUACCGUUCAGAAAAUGUUCGAAUUGUGGCGCAUCAAAUAUGAAUAAUGAGAAUGCAGAUCAAACUGAUGAAACAUUGGAAGAACACUAUGACAAUGCUUCAACUAUUCUACAAACACAUAUACCAGCUUCUAAUGAGCUUCCUACUUCAUCAACGUCACAAAAUAUGUCUCAAACAAAUUUCAACAAAGGACAAUCAUCAGUGAAUGAAAAUGAUCCUAGAUCAAUCGAUUCUGAAUCAAUACCAUCAAUUAGUACAAAAACUUCCAUUACAAAUAACAAACCACCACCUGUAAAAAUAAGAAGAUCGAUUAUUUCUGUAGUAGAAUUCGAUACAGCGUUACAGGAUGAUUCCUCAACAGCAAAUGAAAUCGAAUCGAGCAAGCCAUCACUCGCACCAGUGGCGGAAGUACGCGAUCGAGAAGAAGAUAAUAAUACACCUGAUAAUUCGGGAAGCACCAUUGGAGCCAUUCAAUCUAGAAGAAAAAAUCAGUCCUCAUUUACUCAUUACUCACAUGACGACAUCAAACAAAAUGAUUCACAUCCACCUAUGUUCACUACUCAAUCAAAUAAUGAAUUAUCAAGUGAAGAUGAACCCUAUAUUGUCUACAUACCUCAUUUACCUUCUAAUGAAGUUACAGAUCAGGAACUUGAGACGAUAAUUCGGCAGUCAUUAGAUCGCCAAUAUAAAUUACACGUGAUCGAUAUUAAAUGUAAUAGUCAAUUCGAUGUUGGUGUUAUAUAUCUAAAAAAUAAAGAAGAUAAAGAUAAAUUAGUAAAUACUAUUCGUCAAACAUCAGUUACAUUAAACUCAGAUGAAACAAUAUCAUUUACUAUUGAAUUCAAAUUAGAUGUCUAUGUGGUUGUGACAUCCAAAGAUAAUAGUGAUCUUCCACGUAGCAAACAUGUGCGUCAACAAUGGAUGCAGAUCUAUAAUGGUAACUCUCCAUUGAAAUGUAAACGAUUAUCGAGUCAAUUCCCAAAUAUAUUUAAAAUAACAAUAGAUAAAGUCGAAGAAUUAUUUACAAUUACACCUGUAAAAGAGUUCCAAAUCGAACAUCAAACAGCCAUUAUUUAUUAUCAACCAGAUUGCUGUUUUUUCGAUACUUUACCAAAACAUAUUACGGAGAAGGACUUAUACGCAGCAAUAUUUACAGAAAUAUCUCCAGUUAAUCGGUCAAAAACACGUAUUCAUGUUUCUUUGAAUAGACAAGAAGGCAGUGCUGUUGCGUUGGUAUGUAAUUCAUUUGUAAGAUGUACUUCAAUUAAUUUGGAUGGACAAGUAUUUAAAGGGAAAGAUCGUCUUUCAUAUUUUCUUCGACUACAUUCAGUACCUUCGCAUAUACUACCAACACAUAUCGAAGCUCAAGAGAUUUUUGAUGGUACUGUUAUCAAAAUUGAACUAAGUGACAAUGAUAUCAUUGUUGAAUUGUCGAGUAAGAGCGUUUAUGAAAAAUGCCUUGAACAACGUGUUUUACGUAUGGAUAAUCAUACUAUUAAUAUUACAAGUAAUUCUUAUUCAAGCAAAAAUACAGAUGACGAUAUUAAUAAUGUCAAUUGGUAUGAAACAGAAAUGUUAGAUGGAAAAUCAAAUAUUAUGCAAUUUUUUACUCAACCUGAACAUCGAAUUUUUGGAUUAAAAUGGAAUUGUCAAGCAUUUUUAGACCAAUUUCAUGGUCGGUCGUCGGAAAAUAACAAUCAUCAAGAUACAAUUAGUAAUGAAAAGCGACAUUUAUUACGAAUGACAGUAAUGUUAAAUACAAUUGGUGCAGUAGAAAAAGGAAAUUAUUCUAUAGAUAAUAAAAAAAAUCAAUUAAAACCAAAUCAAUUAAAUACUAUAGUCUACAAUCAUCGAUCGAAAUUACAACAAGAAAUAACAUUAUCAUCAUCAUCUAUCGAAAUUAAAUAUCCAUAUGAAUCAACAUCUGUUGAAGUAAUAAAUGAAGAUUGCUUAAUUGUUCACGAACAGUUGCUUUCUCGAGGUUACAAUCCAUUACUUCUCAAUAUGGCAAAUGCAUAUUCACCAGGUGGCGGAUAUCGUAAAGGUGAUGGUGCUCAAGAAGAAAAUAUUUUUCGUCGUUCCGAUUAUUAUCGAAGUCUUGAUAUGGAACUCGAUGCUGGACAACCAACUCCUAGAUUUUAUUGUACAUCAAGAUGUCAAUUGGAACAACUUACUAAUAAUCAAAAAAUGUAUCCAAUGGAUGAAUAUGGAGCAAUUUAUACAUCAGGAUUAACAGUAUUUCGUCAACCUGAAGAUACAGGUUAUGCUUUUAUGGAACAACCUAUGUUCAAUGUUUGUGCUAUCGCUAUAGCUGCUUAUCGAAAUCCAAAAUUAGAUCAUAAAAAUUUUCUCACAUCAAAAUAUAUGAUUGGUACACGUAAGAAAAUUGAAACAAUCUUUGGUAUUGCUCAACAUCAUAAACAUGAUUGUCUAGUUUUAUCUGCAUUUGGUUGUGGUGCUUUUCGAAAUCCACCUAAACAUAUUGCAUUGAUUUUUAAAUCAGUCAUCGAACAAUAUGCAGGAUUUUUUAAAAAAAUUUAUUUUGCAAUUAUUGAUGAUCAUAAUACUGGUCAAGAUUUAAAUCCUCAUGGAAAUUAUCGACCAUUUCAAGAUAUACUUCAUAAUUUGAAAGUUAAACCUAUGAGACAUAUGAUGGUUAAUAUGAUGAUCGGACCUUGGCGUAUAUUAAAUAUAGCCAACAACAAAGAAAUUAAUUUAAGUGAUGUUAAAAUUUGUGAUUUAUCUCCAUGUCAUUAUGGAGGUCAAUGUCGAGAUUUAGAAAAUAAACAACAUUGCCAGAAAUAUCUUCAUCCACCACUAUGUCCGCUAAUGGAUAGUUCAGGAAUAUGUCAAUUAGAUAAUGAUGAUGAUCAUAUGAUUUUAUUUACGCAUCGAAUUAAGCACUCAAAUGCAUCUAAUAGUCGUAAUGAUGAUCACUCAUUGUUACCAGUUUGCCCAUGGACACCAUUUCAUUGUCGACAAUAUAUUUUACUAUCGGAAUCGACAAAUAUUGCUUCAUUAUCGUCAGAUGUACAAAAUCAUUGUCGUGAAUUUCGACACAUCUGUCGAUUUGGUCGUCAAUGUCAUGAAACAUCGAGAUUACAUCUUCAAACAACAAUUCAUAUUGCACGUGAUAUAUGUCCCGACGGAAAUAAUUGUUCAAAAAUCAAUCAAGAGAAUCAUCUGUAUUCAUUUACACAUUUAGACAUAGCGGAUAUUCGUCGUCUAUGUUAUUAUAUUGGAUCUGAGUGUCCAGAUCGAGAUCAAAUUAAACAUCUUAUUCGAUAUCGACAUCGUGGGAAUUAUGAUCAUAGCAGUGUUAUUCCAUACAAUGGAUCAAAUAGAGACAUAGAUUUUAUUCAAAAUCAACAAGAAAUAAUCACAACAAUUCAUCAUUAUGCUCAACCUUUGAAUUUAAAAACUCCACUUUCUAUUUCACAAUCAAUUCUUAAAUGUAUUCAAAGGUUAUCACCGAUUUAUCAAUGUUCAAAAGAAAUAUUUGAAUUAAUACUUCUUCAUGGUCAUGUUAUGUCUACUGAAUAUAUAAAACAAUUAAUGGAUUCACGUGUAGUAAUUCAAACUAUUCAACAAAAUAAAUUUAUUCAGAAAAUUAUUAUUUCAAAUCAAAAUCAAACAAAUGAAGAUCAUAUUCAUAAUUAUAUUCAAGCUAUUAGCUGUGCAGAAUUUAAUAAAAGACUUCAGCGAUCUUCAUCUUCAUCACCUGAAGAAAACUUUAAUGAUACAAUUCGUAUAGAAGAGAAAUUUUUAAGAAAUAUAAUAACUCGUAAUGAAAUCGAUAAGAUUCGUGAUUUUACUAUACAAAUGAUCGAUGCAAUACUAAAUCUUUCAAAGAAUAUUAACGAUACAUUAGAAAAACAUAUCACAGCAAUUUUAGCACCAAAUCUACAUCGUAAUGAUGAAGAUAUUGUUCUAGUAUUUAAACGAGAUGUUUUAUAUCAUCCCGAUGCAAAUGUAUCGAUUCAAUCAAAAAAUUCAUUCUUAGAUGGAACGACUUUUAUUGAGCGACCAUGGAUUAAAGAUUCAGGAACAUCGAAAAAACGGCUUGAACAAUUUCAUAAAUCGUUAUUACAUUGUUCCAUUCAAGGAUAUGAUUAUGCUUUAGCAUCCGAACUAUUAGCUAUAACUGGUAAGACAAAAAAAACAAUGGAUAUGGACUUAAAUACAAUUCUAACGUAUAUGAAGUGUACUUCUUCGAAUCAAUUAUUCGAAUGUCAUUUGCCUGAAUUAAUUCAUCUUGAUUACAUCGAAGAAAUUUACAUACCACAUACACUUUAUACUUCUCUUUCAUCAGCAGCUCAACUGUCAGCGAAAACUAUAUUUGGCGAUUCAUUACAUAUUACACCGCGCAAUGUAAAUCAAUACCAGGACUAUGUGAAAGAUGAUUUGAUGAAGAAACUUAUUAAAAAUAUUGAACAAGAAGUGUCAUUAUGUGGUAGUAUUAUUACUUUACCACCAAGCCAUUUGAAGAAAUAUACUAUUCUUCCAUUUACAUUAGCAGAUGAUUCUGUAUCUGAUGAUAUUUUUAUUUAUUGGCAAUCGAUGUAUGGUGAUAUGAUGUUGGUAUUAUCAAAUGAACCGAUUGAUACUUGUAACAUUUCUCGAUCUCUUUUAUGCUAUAUUGCAGAAACACCAUCAACAACAAUAAAUGAUUAUUGCGAAUCAUUUUCAUAUUUAAAUUUUGAUGAUCCAUUGCAACAUGAAACUAUUAUGAAUAAACGUUCUUUUCUGGCAUCUUCAAGUACAUUUCAUCGUGGAUGUAAUCUUGAUGAUUAUUUGACAUACUGUUUAAAAUUGAAGAAACCUACCGAUGAAGUAACAUUAACACAUGCUGGACCGAAUAGUAUUUAUAAUGAUGAAAAAAUAUCGUAUAAAUUCAUUAAAUCGGAUCUUGAUUUGAAUGAAUUAGUUUAUGUUCAAAUUAGUGCUAAUUCACAGCAGGUACCUAUUCGAAAUUUUAUGGUUUGUUUUAAACCAUUACACGAUUUACAUCCACAUUUUGAAAAAGAUUUUCAACCAACGAAUAGUUCUUCGAAUCAAUCCAGAGCACAUCAAUUAAAUCGUCCUCAUUCUCCACCAAUACCCAGAAAUGACAAGCCAUCGAAUGUUUUCUCUCAAAGAGCUCAUUCUGAUCGGAGCAAACUAAGUCUCUGUCGUGAUUCAGUUAAUUGUCUUCGACAAACAUCAAACGAUCAUUGUAAAAGAUAUUCUCAUCCUUGUCGAUUCUCGGAAGUAUGUUUAAAUAAAGAUAAUGAACCUCAUUUGACCCAUGAAGUACGUCGAGUCGAGAAGUGUCCAUUGGAUAAAUCGUGUAAACGUCUCGGCGAUCCUUAUCAUCGAGCAGAAUAUCGACAUACAGAUCUUCCUGACUUUCUUUUUCCAUGUCGCGAUCAAACGCAUUGUGCUCAACGAUCAGCUGAACAUCAUCGAAUAAAAUAUUCGCAUGGUGAACAGGUUAACAUAAGUUCGUCUUCAAACGCAUCAAGAAAUGAUCAUGCAACGCCUACUGAACAAACACCAUGUCGAUAUGGAUCAAGAUGUCGCGAUCAACACAAUCCUCAGCAUUGUUCGAAAUAUUCUCAUUCAUCUGGACAACAGCCAUUAUCACAACGAUUCGAUGAGUGA